AUGUCCUCUACAGAUUCCUAUGUUGCCAUCCCCGGCUCGGUGGCGUUCUCCCGGUCGCGCGGGCAUGCUAUUGCUGCAAGCCUAGGAGUCCAGGACGUUCGAGCCCAGUGGGUUCAUUAUGUCCACCUUUCCCGACCCCUUAACGAUUCUCAGCGCGCCGCUCUCGAGCAGCUGUUGCAAUACGGAGAUAUCACCGACAUUCCGCCCACCUUCAAUUCCAGCGACGGCCACUUCGAUACCUUCUACAUCUUUCCCCGAACCGGAACUAUCUCGCCAUGGAGCUCUCAGGCAACCGGAAUUUCACACGUGUGUGGCCUUCGUCAAGUUGUGAAGCGCAUUGAGCGUGGUAUGAAAGUAUCCUGUCUGCGCAAUGGGGAGCAGGACUACAAGUCUGGAUACAAGGAUGUGCUCCACGACCGCAUGACCCAGAUUAUCAGCAACGAAGAGCCAGACCUUACUGCCAUGUUUUCGGAGCACGCCCCUCUGCCUUUGAAGACAAUUCCCGUACACAGCAGUGACAAGUCCCCCAAGGAGGUUCUACAGGAGGCCAACAAAGAAUUAGGCCUGGCGUUGGAUGAUUCGGAGAUCGACUAUUUGGCGGAAGCGUACGGCCCCAAUGGUGCGAUUGCUCGGGACCCUACGGACGUCGAGCUUUUCAUGUUUGCUCAGGUCAACUCCGAGCACUGCCGUCACAAGCAAUUCAACGCCUCUUGGGUUAUCGAUGGCCAGCCCAUGCCCAACAGCCUCUUCGCUAUGAUUCGCAACACGCACAAGAAACACCCCGAAUUCACAGUCAGUGCAUACAGCGACAACUCUGCUGUUUUGGAAGGCUCUGAGGCUGCUUUCUGGGCACCAAACCCCACCACCGGAGAGUGGAACCAUACCAAGGAAGUUGUGCACUUCUUGGCCAAGGUUGAAACACAUAACCACCCAACCGCUGUCUCACCAUACCCUGGUGCUGCGACUGGCUCUGGGGGUGAAAUUCGAGAUGAAGGUGCUACUGGACGUGGUUCCCGUCCCAAGGCUGGUCUUUCAGGCUACUGUGUGUCUGACCUUUUGAUUCCCGGUCUGAGGCAGCCUUGGGAACUGGAUGUCGGCAAGCCACAGCACAUUGCCAGCAGUCUCGACAUUAUGCUGGAGGCUCCCAUUGGUAGCGCUGCUUAUAAUAACGAGUUUGGCCGCCCUGUCACUGCCGGUUACUUCCGAACUCUCCUCACCGAACUUGACAUUGGCAACGGACAGAAGGAGCUCCGUGGUUACCACAAGCCCAUUAUGAUCGCUGGCGGUGUUGGUACUGUCCGACCUCAGCAUGCGCUUAAAAACCCAGACAUUGUCAAGACUGGUUCUUACCUUGUCGUUCUUGGCGGUCCUGCGAUGCUUAUUGGUCUUGGAGGCGGUGCGGCUUCUAGUAUCACAUCUGGGGAAGGCUCAGCAGACCUCGAUUUUGCUAGUGUCCAGAGAGGCAAUGCCGAAGUGCAGCGAAGAGCCCAAGAGGUCAUUAACGCGUGUGUUGCUAUGGGAGAUAAUAACCCCAUUAAGUUCAUCCACGAUGUUGGGGCUGGUGGUCUGUCGAACGCCCUUCCUGAAUUGAUCCAUGACUCCGGUCUGGGUGCCACCUUUGAACUCCGAGAAAUCGACAGCGCGGACAAGGGUAUGAGCCCCAUGCAAAUUUGGUGCUGCGAGGCCCAGGAACGAUACGUUCUCGCCGUUGGUGAAGAGAGCAUGAACAAGUUCACUGCUAUUGCCCAACGUGAGCGCUGCGGUUUCUCUGUUGUUGGCCGGGGAGGUGGUACAUCUGAGGAAGAGAAACGACUCAUUCUAUUGGACCGGGAGUCUAAGGAGUACCCAUCCCCGAUUGAUCUCCCAUUGUCCGUCCUCUUCGGCAAGCCACCACGUAUGACAAGAAUUGUCGACUCGCGCAAGUUGACCUUGCCCGCUAUCGAUUCAAGCCUUACAAAAUACCUGCCCUCGCUUUCAAACAAGGUCGAAAUUGUCAGUGAAGCUGUCAACAGAGUUUUGUCUUUGCCAGCCGUCGGUUCAAAAUCAUUCUUGAUUACGAUCGGUGACCGAACUGUGGGUGGUCUUACUGCUCGUGACCAGAUGGUCGGCCCAUGGCAGACACCCGUCGCCGAUGUUUCGGUUACUGCCACAUCGCUGCUUCAGGGUGUUAAGACUGGUGAGGCUAUGGCUAUGGGAGAGAAGCCUACUCUGGCUCUCAUCUCCUCUGCUGCCUCCGCUCGUAUGGCUGUCGCCGAGUCCCUCAUGAACUUGGCCGCGGCCGAUUUGGUGGAGCGUCUCACCCAUGUCAAGCUCUCCGCCAAUUGGAUGUCAGCUAGCAGCCACCCAGGUGAAGGUGCGGCUAUCUACGAAGCUGUUGAGGCUAUCGGACUAGAGCUGUGCCCCAAGUUAGGUAUCAGUAUUCCCGUCGGCAAGGACUCGAUGUCUAUGAAGAUGAAGUGGAAAGAUGAGCAAUCGAAGGAAGCUAAGGAGGUUACCGCUCCCAUGUCUCUUGUCGUAUCGUCUUUUGCCCCUGUCGGUGACUUCCGUAAAACCUGGACUCCAGCUCUUCGCAGCUUUGAGGAGGUUGGCGAGACUGUUCUCAUGUUUGUUGAUCUUGCCUUCGGCCGUAAGGCUCUCGGUGGCUCUGCUCUCGGUCAAGUGUUCAACGAGGUUGGCAACGAGAGCCCUGAUGUUCGCGACGUUGAUAUCUUCCGAGACUUCUUCGAUGCUACUCAAUCUCUUCAGGACGCCGGCAUUGUUCUAGCCUAUCACGACCGCUCCGACGGUGGUCUUAUAACAACGCUCGCGGAGAUGAUGUUUGCUGGCCGAUGUGGCACUGAGAUCAUGCUCGACCAAAUCUGUUCCUCGUUCAACACCAAGGACGUCAUCGAAUGUCUUUUCAACGAGGAAUUGGGAGCUGUCUUCCAAGUUCGCAAGGAGCAUGAGAUUCAAUUCCGAUCUUGCUUCGCUACUUGCGGGCCGCCCCCGGGUCUAAUUUCAAAGAUUGGUCGCGUUUCUGAGAAGAAGAAGCAGAACCUUGUCAUCUACCACAAGGCAUCUCUCAUUUACCGCAAUACCCGUGCUGACCUUCAGCGAACCUGGGCCAAGACAUCUUAUCACAUGCAGAAGAUUCGUGAUAACGCCGAAUGUGCGGAGCAAGAAUACGAGAACAUCCUCGAUGACUCCAACCCUGGUCUGUCAUGGCGACCAACAUUUGACCCCAAGGACCGUGGACUGCCUAUCAUGACCAGUUUGUCCCAGUACUCCCCCUUCAGCAACAAGCCGCGCGUUGCGAUUCUGCGUGAGCAGGGUGUCAACAGCCAGGCGGAGAUGGCCUUUGCCUUCAACACGGCUGGCUUCUCCGCAGUCGAUGUGCACAUGACUGACAUCAUCUCUGGCCGUGUCUCCCUUUCCACCUUUGCUGGUCUCGCUGCUUGUGGUGGUUUCUCCUAUGGUGACGUUCUCGGGGCCGGCCAAGGCUGGGCCAAAUCGGUUCUCCUGCAUGAGAACACUCGCAAUGAGUUCGAGGCAUUCUUCAAGCGCCCCGAUACCUUCGCUCUGGGUGUUUGCAAUGGCUGUCAGUUCUUGUCCCGUGUCAAGGCUCUUAUUCCCGGUGCCGCCCAUUGGCCCAGCUUCGAGCGCAACACUAGCGAGCAAUACGAAGGUCGUGUCUGCAUGGUCCGCAUCUCCGACCCCGAUCCUUCUCGCCCCAGCGUCUUCUUCCACGGCAUGGACCGCAGCGCCCUGCCAAUUGCCGUCGCCCACGGCGAGGGUCGUGCAUCCUUCGCUCCCACCACCUCUGUUGCCAACUUUGUGCGCGAGGGUCUUGCCCCUGUUCGUUACGUUGACAACGCUACUCUCAAGCCUACCACUCGCUACCCAUUUAACCCCAAUGGCAGUCCAGAGGGUAUCGCUGGUGUGCGCAACGAGGAUGGCCGCGUACUCGCCAUCAUGCCUCACCCAGAGCGUACCGUCAUGAACGGUAUUGCUAGCUAUCUGCCCGCGGACGCUGAAGCAUGGGGCGACAUUGGGCCCUGGGGCCGCAUCUUCUUCAGUGCUAGACGCUGGGUUGGUUAG